CUCCCCGCGGCCGGAGCAGCCGGGCACCCCGCCGCACAAGACCUUCCGCAAGCUGCGGCUCUUCGACACCCCGCACACGCCCAAGAGUUUGCUCUCCAAAGCUCGAGGAAUUGAUUCCAGCUCUGUUAAACUCCGGGGUUCUCUUUUCAUGGACACAGAAAAAUCAGGAAAAAGAGAGUAUGAUAUACGACAGACUCCUCAAGUGAAUAUCAAUCCUUUUACCCCGGACUCUCUGUUGCUUCAUUCCUCGGGACAGUGUCGAGGAAGAAAGAGAGCGCAUUGGAAUGAUUCCUGUGAAGACAUGGAAGUCAGUGAUUAUGAGUUUGAAGAUGAAACAAGACCAGCUAAAAGAAUUACAAUUACUGAAAGCAAUAUGAAGUCACGAUAUACAACAGAAUUUCAUGAACUGGAGAAAAUUGGCUCUGGAGAAUUUGGUUCUGUAUUUAAGUGUGUGAAGAGGCUGGAUGGAUGCAUUUAUGCCAUUAAGAGAUCAAAAAAGCCAUUGGCUGGUUCUGUUGAUGAGCAGAAUGCUUUGAGAGAAGUAUAUGCUCAUGCAGUGCUUGGACAGCAUUCCCAUGUGGUUCGCUACUUUUCUGCCUGGGCAGAAGAUGAUCAUAUGCUUAUACAGAAUGAGUAUUGUAAUGGUGGAAGUUUAGCUGAUGCUAUAAGUGAAAACUACAGAAUCAUGAGUUACUUUAAAGAACUAGAGUUGAAGGAUCUCCUUGUGCAAGUUGGCCGGGGUUUAAGAUACAUUCAUUCAAUGUCUUUGGUUCACAUGGAUAUAAAACCUAGUAAUAUUUUCAUAUCUCGGACUUCCAUCCCAAAUGCUGCCUCUGAAGAAGGAGAUGAGGAUGACUGGGUAUCCAACAGAGUUGUGUUUAAAAUAGGUGAUCUUGGGCAUGUAACAAGAAUCUCUAGUCCACAAGUUGAAGAAGGUGAUAGUCGUUUUCUUGCAAAUGAAGUUUUACAGGAGAAUUAUACCCAUCUGCCGAAAGCAGAUAUUUUUGCUCUCGCCCUCACCGUGGUUUGUGCUGCUGGUGCUGAGCCUCUUCCCAGAAACGGAGACCAAUGGCAUGAAAUCAGACAGGGUAGAUUACCUCGCAUUCCACAAGUGCUUUCCCAGGAAUUUACGGAAUUGCUAAAAGUUAUGAUUCAUCCAGAUCCAGAGAGAAGGCCCUCAGCAAUGGCACUAGUAAAGCAUUCGGUAUUGUUGUCUGCAUCUAGAAAGAGUGCUGAACAGUUACGAAUAGAGUUGAAUGCUGAAAAGUUCAAAAAUUCACUUUUGCAAAAAGAACUCAAGAAAGCUCAGAUGGCAAAAGCUGCAGCUGAGGAAAGAGCACUCUUCACUGACCGGAUGGCCACUAGAUCCACCACCCAGAGUAAUAGAACCUCUCGACUUAUUGGGAAGAAAAUGAACCGCUCUGUCAGCCUUACUAUAUACUGAACUCAUUUCCCAUCUCCCCCAAAAACUGUGACAAGAGGAAGCUAGGUUGAAAUCACUGCUAGAGUCUACUUUGCAAUUAAUUUCUUGAUUGGUCUCAGUAGUUUUACUGAAGUACCUUUUAGGAUUUUUAUUUGUGAAUUACAGUUGGAAGCUGUAUUUUGACCAUUGCUAUAUCAGGCUUUGUCUAGUCUUACCAGUCUGUCUCACUGUUGGACAUUACACCAAGCCUUUGCAGGGUUAACCACUGUGGUGGUGUGCUGCUUACAGUUUGUUGUUUGUUGCAUAGUAAAAAAAAAAAAAAAAAAAAAAAAAAAUCCCUGUAGUGACCUGUAUAAGGGCUCCAGGGCUUUAUUACAAACAUACUCUCCCUUCAUGAAAGGGAAAUGUUGAAAGACUUAAUACUACUUAGCCUCUGAUGUACCUGUGUGUCGAUCCUAUAUUUCUGUUUUUUUGUUUUUGUUUUGUUUUCAAUUGUGAAUUGUACUUGUAUAUCCAACUGGGAGCACUUUGUAGGCAUUGCAUGAACCAUGGAGUAAUUCUGUGGAAGUAUUGCCUUGUGAAUUUGCUGCUAUUUUAGUUUUGUCUUUGCUGUAAAAUUGUAGCAUUAAACAAUCAUCAUUGUUAAUAGGCUUUCUUUUGAAACAAUUAUGUGAAAUAUACGGCUGCUCUUUGAAAAGCAGCUAUUUGCCUAUUUUUCCUCUUUGAAUCUUUGAAGCUAGUGCAUUGAAAAAAUGCACCUCUCCCCCUUUGGAAUGCUGUAUUAAUGUAGUAUAAUUAUUACUGGUUUUAUAAUUUUCUUUCUGAUAAUGUCCUUCUUGACUUUUAAAAAAAUGUCUUCUCCCAAGUAUGGUUAGUCUGUUUUUAAAUAUUUUGCCUGAUUUCUCCUUAUUUUUGUACAUAAACUGAUGGUAAUACUGUACAUAGCUGUUUGCAGUGCCAGAAUGACUUCUGACUGUUCCAGGUUUUUCAAAAUAUCUUUUAUUUGUUAUUAGCCAUUUGACUGAUAAUACUGGCUAAUAUAUUUUGAAAAAAAUAUUGUCUUUUGUUAUCUCAAUUUUGGCCUAAAACAUGUUUGCACUUGUCUGUUUGACUUGUGUCUUAUGAACAUUGAUUGGCAUAUUAAAAGUCACUCUGAGCUUACCUUAA